AAACAGUCAUUCGUAUCCAUCAUGGCGGCUCGUGUCCUGCUGCAGUGUGCCCGCUCACUCGGCCGGCCCUCGCUAACGCUUUAUUCCGGUAGUCUGGCCAUAAGAGCCGCUGCUGCGCCGGCAACAGCAGUCCUUCACCGGCCCCUGUCCUUCGCCGCAGACAGCCAGAGGACGCGGUGGCUCGGUCAGAGCCGGGUUUCCUCUGUGGGUAUCCUGUGCCGGCAAUAUUCGGACCUGCCCCCCCUCACCACAGAGAGCAUCAAAGACCGUGUCAUGUACGUGCUCAAGCUCUACGACAAGAUCAGCCCAGAGAAGCUUCAAACAUCUUCCCAUUUCAUGAAAGACCUGGGUCUGGACAGCCUGGACCAAGUGGAGAUAAUCAUGGCCAUGGAGGAUGAGUGGUGAGUAUCAAGAAGACUGACAUUUUUAGACACAAUCUCUAAAAAAAAACUGCUCAAAAACCAGGGUGAAGGCAGUGUUUACAGGCUCCGUUAUUCAGUGAGCGCUUGUUUAUCUUCUUCAGGUUUUGAGAUCCCAGAUGGAGAAGCAGAGAAGUUGAUGACUCCUGAGGAGAUUGUACAGUACAUCGCAGACAAGAAGGAUGUUUAUGAAUAAUCUGUUCUAUCGUUCACUUCACAGAGCGGUUGACCCCAACGUGACCCACACGGGGCAAAUAAUGUCCCACUUCCUCCUCGUCAGUUCUUCCGUCUCUUACGGCAUCACUGGCGUCAGCUGCCAUGUCUUGUGUUUAACUGUAUUUAAAUGAACAUGUGCGUUGGGAGCUCAGAGAUGAAACAGAUAUAUCCAACAAGGUUAAAACACAAUUUUGAUUUUUUUUGUUAAGCCCCACCCUGUGGUUUCCAAUGUAUAAUUUCUCAUGAAUAAUAAAUCAAUAAAAAAUAAAUGCUGUAUAA